AUGCAAAUAAAUAGUAAUGGGUUGAAUGCGGGAAUUGGGGGCACUUAAAAUGGUAAUAUGCCUACUUCUUAAGUUUUGAAAUAAAUUGCUCAAAAUAAACAACAGACAUAGUAAAACAAAUAAGCGUAGGAAUAAGAUCUAGCCAUAAUUGCAUAAUAGACAGAUCAUCUUAGAAAAAGAAUCUCUAACAUUUUUAAUAUGCCAAUUAAGCUUAAAAAAACCUAAAACUUUAUGAUUGAGGAUAUUGGAUUAAAGGUGGAUUCCCUCUUCAAAAAAUCUCAUCUAAAUUAAAGCAAUGUCGAUUAUCUGAGUGACCACAUUAAAAGAUUAGGAGAUAGAAUUAACCAAGAAAUGAAAAAAAAAUAGGAGUAAUAUCAUUCGAGCAUAUAAAUUGAUAAUUUCAGAAAUUUUUCAUCGAUUUAACAAGAGUUCUAAAAAAAUAAAUAAAUUUACAAUUCCUUUUAUAAGACUGAACUAAAGACAACGGCAAGACAAAAGGAAAAACUAAUAGACAUCCUCACUUCUUCAAAUAGAACUGAAAAAUUAGUGUCACAUGAAAUUUAACUAAAUUAAUAUAGUGAAGUAAUUUUGUCAAAAUUGUUUACCGAAAACCAUUUAUAUUAAGCACUCUUGAAUUUUAUCAAAAAUAAGAAUGAUUUAUCAAUCUACGAGAAACUUUUUAGAACAUUGGAGCUUUUUGAAACUACUCACAAUGUGGAGAUGAGAUUGUUAGCAGAUUAAUUUAAGAAUAUAUCAAAUACAUUAAAUUAAUAACAAAAAUGUGAGAGAAUUAUUCGAAAUACAGUCACACAUUUAGAAAAUGACAUGCUUAAAUAAAUUGGUCACUUAGAUUUAUAGAAUUUAAAUCGAAAAUUCAAAGAGUUCUACCUUCCUUAUCUAUAAACUACUGAAUUGUAUUAAAUCGGACAGUUUUUCCCAACUGGAAUCCUCUUUAUAUUGAUGAGGUGUGGGAAGAUUAAUGAAGCAUAAAAGAUACUUUCUGGAUUGAUAUCAAGUGAUUAAAGAAUAGCUUAGUAAUUUUUAAGUUUUUUCGAUUUACAAAAGCAAGAAAUUCUCAAUCAAAAUGAUGUAGAAGAGAAAUCAAGACAACAAUAUUGUGAUAUCUUAUUGCAACAAUGUUAUUGGUUGCUCUUAGAUGUUAGUGAUGCUUACGAUGUAUUUGAAUAAACCUAAUUUCAAAAAGACAGAGACUUUUACAUAUGGUUUACAUUGAAAACAACUCAUUGUUCUGAUGAAUUUGUGGUAUAUGAAAGGUCUGAUCAAGAAUCAAAAAAGGCUUUCUUUCAUUGGAAACUUAUAGAUCUCCAUGAAAAUAUACCUUAAUCCACAGUAAGUCUGAGAAUCAACAUUAUAUUGCAAAGGUAUGAUUACAUUUUGAGUGAGCUAUACAAGUACUAAAAUCAAUGUCUUUCAUAAGUGGAGUAUUUUAUCUUAGACACAGUUCUUACAGCAUUGAAAAUGAAAAUACAAAAGAAUGCAACAGCUGAAGAACAAAAGAAAAAUAUCAUUGAUAACCUUGUUAAUUACACUUAAAAUAAGCUGCCUCUUGUUUCUUGUUUACUAAUGAGUGUUAGCACUUAUAAUGUUGAAGCUAUUGCAAACCUAUUAUAAAAAACCAAUCAUGUUACAUAAGUGUUGAUGGACAAAAACUUUAGAGAAAAUCUAGAAGUCAUUUUUGGUAAAGAGGGUUUACUAAAUAUUACAAAUGAGAUGGUUCAUUUAUUCUUUGAAAAGAGCUUACACAAUUCAUUAAAAGAAUUUUAAUAAUAAUUAGAGAAAUCUUCUACCAUGAAUUAAAUUAAUGAUUGUCAUACUGUCUUGAUUUUAAAAUUAGAUGAAAUGAGCAUCUAUUUGAAACAAAUACUAAAUCAAUAUACGGAAACCCUGUUAGAAACAGCCAUUUAUCUAUAUCAUGAGACACAGCUUGUAUAUAUAUUAAGUUGUGUUAUUGUUAACUAAUACUGCGUGAUUAAAUUAGGGUCCUAAAUCGAAAAGAGACAAUUGUAAGUAAGGAACUUGGAAACCCUACAUUCAAGAAUUAAGAGUUGUGCCAAAGAUUGUAGAUAGUUUACAUAUUUUUAUCGAUUCUAUUUGAUAGAAAUAUUUUAAUAGACUCAAUAAUCUAUGAGAUAAGAAUAAGUUAAUCUAAAUGAAAUCAAUCAAGCUUUAUCAAACCUCAAUAUCAAAGAAUUAACAAAAAAUUUAAUUGAAAACAAGUAAGUUCACUUAAUUAAGAUGGUGUUCUGGCAGAUUUUGUAAUUGAUUGACUUAAAAAAAUGCUAAUAAAAAUCUUACUUAAUCGAAAAAAUACAAGAAUUGAAUGAGGCAUUGCUGAAAUUCCCAGAAAGUCAAGGAAUUAAGAUUUGCAGGGAAGAUGUUCAAUUUUCAUAAAUUGUUGUUGAUAUUUUGAAUUCUUAUUCAAAAGUGUUAAAGAUGUAUUGA